UUCGUUCUGUUCGCAAAGUUUAUUUUAUUUUUUAAAUUUUUUUAUGGUUAUUUUACGUUUUGUGCAUAACAAUAAUAAUGAAAUGGCAUGUAAAUAAGUUACAUGAGAGUGGGCUUAACAUAAAUAUGCACGAUCGGGAUGCGAUCUUUCCCUCUCUCUUCUUCCUACUCCGAAAUCUACAUGUGUACAUAUCGUGUAUAUCGCAAAAUGUCUAGAUGCGGUUAACAAAACAGUGAUUCCUUCCAGCUACGGAAGCAGAAAAAGAAAAGGCUAAGCUAGCAAAAAACCAAAUAUAAAUAAAUAAAUAACGAAGAAGAACGAUGAGGCAGAACGUCAACGUUUGAAAUUUUAUUCAAUUGCGGGUAUACAUCCAUACAUGCACACAUGUAGAUAUGUAUGUGAAUAAUAAAGCAUGCAUACAUGCAUACAUCACAGAUGUGUGCGGCUGUCCAAGAUAAUUAUCUCGAGUCUUUGGGUGCUCAAGAAACACGAAUUUGAAAACACUUUCAUACAUACAUCUGUAUGAAUGUACAAAUGUACGAAUGUGAAUGUACAAAUGUAUGUAUGUAUGUACGUGCGCGUGUGUUUUUUGCACUGCCAAACGCCCACCUAUACAUAUCUAAAUACAUAUAUGUAUGUAGAUACAUGCAAUGAAAGAUACUUCUAGUAGCUGCACUUGUGCAGAAAAUACAGAGAUUCUUUGCUUAGGCUGAUAAAAAUGAACACGAUCGAAUUGAAAUCACAUCAAUUUCGGGUAUCGAAAUUCGCGCUCUCUCUGUCUCUCUCUCCCUUGCCAAAAACAACCGCAAAAAGGGUAUCAAAUCGCUCUCUCUCUCUCUCCCCCCCAUUGGCAUAUGGUUCUGUCUUCCUGUUCCUCCUGUCGUCGCUGCUGCUGCUGCGCCUUAUUUCCACUGAAAACCUUACAGAUACACAGAUACUCUCACUGGAACAAAGACGUCGAUAUACGUAGAAAGCUGCUCACACAGAUACGCCAAGAGAGCGGAGGAGAACGCGCGAGAGAGCCGGAGCGAGAGCGCGAGAAAGAGAGAGGGGAAGAGAAAGAUUCGUAUAUGUAUAUAAAAAGAGAGUGUGUAUGAGAGAGAGAGAGGGAGUGUUCGAUGUAAAGAAGUUUGCCUGAAAAAGAUCUUUCUCACUUGCCAAGAAGUCGAGAUUCAUGAAUUAUUACAUUACCAGCUACUCGUAAUGUAAUGUAAUGCAAUGUGUAUAUUAUUGUGCGUGUGUUGGACGUAACGUGACACAGUGAAGUGGAAAUGUUGGCCCACUACAUAAUCCUAACCAAAAGUGUUUUUUGUGACUAUACAGCGUGUUAUCACAGUAAUCGUGAAAGAUAAUAACACCCAUACACAGCAGAAGAAUAGUCGCUCGCUCGCCUGUGUGUGCUUGCUUGUGGCGUGGCGUGGCGCGAGUAAAAGCGAACCUUUUUAAAAGUGAAUAAUAACAGUGACCAGUCGCGGCAGUGCUGCUACUACUGCUGCUGCUGCUGCUGCCGCCGCCGCUGACAUCAGAGUCUAAAUCUAGUAGACCCCGAAAGAUUCUCACUCCCCACUCCGCCUGCUCUUGGGCCCCUGCCCCCUGCCCUGCCCAACGCACAGGGAGGCCCGUUGCUCUACACUGGCUGCAUGAAAAACAUUACAAGCUCGAGCACUUGCAGCACGGGGCUGCUGCAACUGCAGAACAACCUUGGCAGCGACGGCGGCGGCGAGUUGGACGUUGCAGAAAAACCAGAGGCGACAGUUGGACCCGGCACCAUACCAUCACCGUGGACACCAGUAAAUGCCGGUCCUCCAGGUGCCCUUGGAUCGGCAGACACAAAUGGCAGCAUGGUGGAUAGUAAAAACCUGGAUGUUGGUGAUAUGAGCGAUGAUGAAAAGGACCUAUCAUCUGCUGAUGCCGAAGGUGUCUGGAGUCCGGAUAUCGAACAGAGCUUUCAAGAGGCUUUAUCUAUAUAUCCACCAUGUGGACGUAGAAAAAUCAUUUUAUCCGAUGAGGGUAAAAUGUAUGGUCGCAAUGAGCUGAUCGCACGGUAUAUCAAACUGCGGACGGGCAAGACGAGAACCAGGAAACAAGUCAGCUCUCACAUCCAAGUGCUGGCCCGACGGAAGCUGCGCGAGAUCCAGGCGAAAAUUAAAGUUCAAUUCUGGCAGCCUGGACUGCAGCCGAGCACGUCACAAGAUUUCUAUGAUUACAGCAUCAAGCCCUUCGCACAGCCACCCUAUCCAGCCGGCAAGCCAUCGACGGCGGUGUCCGGGGAUGAAACUGGAAUUCCGCCAGCUCAAUUGCCUUGGGAGGGACGAGCCAUUGCCACGCACAAGUUCCGAUUGCUGGAGUUUACGGCGUUCAUGGAAAUCCAAAGAGAUGAUAUGUAUAACCGUCACCUUUUUGUACAACUAGGCGGCAAGCCAUCCUUCUCCGAUCCGCUACUAGAGACUGUUGAUAUCCGGCAAAUAUUCGACAAGUUUCCGGAAAAAUCCGGCGGGCUCAAAGAUCUCUACGAAAAGGGGCCACAAAAUGCGUUCUAUCUGGUUAAAUGCUGGGCAGACCUUAAUACUGACAUAACGACCGGCAGCGAAACGGGCGAUUUCUAUGGCGUAACCAGCCAAUAUGAGAGCAACGAGAACGUGGUACUUGUCUGCUCUACGAUCGUUUGCUCCUUCGGAAAGCAGGUGGUGGAGAAGGUGGAGAGCGAGUAUUCGCGGCUGGAGAACAAUCGUUAUGUAUAUCGCAUACAGCGCUCACCCAUGUGCGAGUAUAUGAUCAACUUUAUACAGAAACUGAAAAACUUACCUGAACGCUACAUGAUGAACAGUGUGCUGGAAAACUUUACAAUAUUGCAAGUAAUGCGAGCGCGUGAGACGCAGGAGACACUGCUUUGCAUUGCCUACGUUUUUGAGGUGGCGGCUCAAAACAGCGGCACCACCCACCACAUCUAUCGUCUCAUCAAGGAAUAGCA